UGUGGGUGCCCUUGAGGACUUGUUGACUUGGAGCUUUCCCAAGCCAUCUGUCUAGAAGGUGCCCUCAAGGCAAGACUCUGGCAUGGCAGACAGAUUUCUCAGCUUGUUCAAAGUGUUCAGGGAGAAAAAAAAGAAAAGCCCUGAAGCUGCUCCAGCACAACAGCGUGAAAAACUUGAGCAGUUCAAGCCACUGCAGGACGAUGGAGCUCUGGACCAGACACAAGAGGAGGAACUUGCCCGUGGCCACUUCCACAAAACCCUGAAGAAGUUCUGGAAAUCCCCACACAUUCGACGUAGAAGGACCAGCAGCGCAGAAGCUAAGGACCCGGCCAAGCCUGACUUGGGGCUGACCGAGCUCCAGGCUGAGCCUGAUGUCCGCCCAGAAUCGGCUGAGUGCUCAGAAGACCCUGACACCUCAGUGACUGAAACCUGGGCAAAGGCACUUCUCACGUCAGUGACUGAAGAUUUGGCUAUCACAAACACUGAAAAUGAAGAGACUCAGGGCAUCACAAAUACUAACACGACGCCCACUCCCACUAUGAGUCAGGAACUCAUAUUCAACUAUUUCAAGGACCCUUCUCAGCAGCAGCAGGUGCCAGCCAAGGUGAAGAACAUCCACCAGAGUCUCCUGUCGCAAGUCACUGUGGAUGCCUGGCUGCACGUUGACAUUGUGAAGCUGGCAGAAGAACACCCUGCUGACAUGGUGCUGACCCUCCUGCGCUGUGCCCCAACGUGUGACAGAGCUGCUGCAAUGAUAUGGAGAACCAUAGGAUCACUGGGACCAGCAGUGGAGAAAGUGAUGCCAGCACUGCUCUGUGUGAUGGAGAACUGGCCUCUGCACAGCAUGUGCACCUCUGAUGGGGAUGACACAGAUGUCUUUGCCCUGGCUGCAACUCUGGGGCUCUGGGUGAUUCUCCAGGUGCCCGAGAGCCAUGAGGCAAUGAACCUUUAUUCCUCCCGCCUGUUUGUGGCUCUGCUCUUCCUUGUUGUCAUCACCACACAGCAGAUGCCACCAGAGGAAGUUGAUAACUUCUGGAGAGCGUGCUGGAAGGAACACCGCCUGCCCAGCAAGCCCAACAGGUUUGCAGUGCAGGCCAUGAAGGCUCUGCUCUGCCGACUGCAGUGGGACCAUGUUGUGGUGGCUAUGGAGCGCAAGCGUGGCUGGGACGUGAUGCUGUGUGCUCGCACCCAGCACUAUGCCAUGGGUCUGCUGGCCAGGGAGAUGCGCCGUGUCUUGAUCCCUGUGUGUUCUCCCAUCGCACUCCACUUGCUCCGACACCUCAAUAAGGAGGAGCCACGCUGGGAUCUGCCCUUCCUGGCAUUCCUGGUGGAGGUCCUGGACUGCCUGGACUUGAGUGAAUGCAGUGAAAACGCCCUGCAGAUCAUGACAAGGCACCUGCAGAGCAAGUCCAGGGAGAUGCAUCGCGUGGCGCUCAGAGGCCUCAUGGUGCUCGGCAAGGAUCCCGCAAUGGUGAGGAGGAGGCAGCAGCUGGAGCUGUGCUGGGAGCUGCAUGUGCGUGAAGAGUUAUUACAGGAGAAUUGCUUGGAGACUAUGGAGAUCUAG